AUGGAUUUACUACGUAUUUUAGACACAAAACCGAUACCCACAAUUGUUGAUGCUACUACUCUGGGAAUCUCAGGAAAUAUUUCCGGUGAUUAUUGGCUACCAACUACAAUGUCACUUUAUCAAAAAGAACUCACAGAUCAGAUAGUUUCAUUGCACUACUCUGAUAUUUUGAGAUAUUUCGAAACUUCACAUUAUAAAGAGGAUGUCAUCCUCGAAUCUAUGAGAACCAUGUGUUUAAACGGUUCACUAGUAGCAACCCAUCCAUACCUGCUAAUAGACCAUUAUAUGCCUAAAUCGUUAAUAACCCGUGACGUUCCUGCACACUUGGCAGAAAAUAGUGGUAAGUUUAGCGUUUUGAGAGAUCUUAUAAAUCUUGUUCAAGAAUAUGAAACUGAAACGGCCAUUGUUUGUAGGCCUGGGAGAACAAUGGAUUUACUGGAAGCCCUACUAUUGGGAAACAAGGUACAUAUCAAAAGAUACGACGGUCAUUCUAUUAAGUCAAAGCAAAAGCCAAAUGACUUCUCGUGUACAGUUCAUUUAUUUUCUUCUGAAGGAGUAAGUUUCUCAAAAUACCCGAUAAAAUCCAAGGCUCGAUUCGACAUGCUGAUCUGCUUAGAUACUACAGUGGAUACGAGUCAAAAGGAUAUUCAGUAUCUGUUGCAAUAUAAGAGAGAGAGGAAAGGUUUAGAGAGAUAUGCUCCAAUCGUUAGGCUAGUGGCCAUCAAUUCGAUUGAUCAUUGUACUUUAUUUUUUGGUAAGAAAUUUGACAAGAACAGUAGACAAUAUUUGGAGAACGUCACUGCAGCUAUGGUAAUUUUGAGGGAUCGAUUGGGCACACUUCCACCUGAUUUGAGGCCCAUUUAUUCACAAAAGCUACACUACUUAGUAGAAUGGCUAGAAAACCCAACAGUACCGUGGCCUCUGCCAGAUAUCUACCCUUUAAAACAAUAUACUUCCAUGGAUGUAGAAAGGUCUUUGUUAACGGAGGUACAUUUCAAAAAAUCAGAUGACCAAUUAGAAGAUGCUUUUGCCAACUGUUCCAAGAAGAGGGGACGCCAUGGUGCUAAUAAAACAACAUCUUCAACUGCUGUCGGAAUUGAGGAUAAUGACAUUCCAAGUUUUUACUCUACCAAAAGGUUAAAAAAUGACUAUUACACGAACCCUUUAAAACAAGACAUGACGCAACUAACAGGUAUUACUACAGCUGACAAUUCCUCGAACGUAAAUUACCAUUUAUCAAGUGGAAUCAUAACGCACAAACUGAUUCAAUCAAUGGGGGAAGUGUAUAUGGAUAUUUGCGUGCAAAAACAGGAGCUGAAUGAUUACUCCUGCCUAGAUAAUUUGCAAAAUGAUCAUUUAGAGUUCUUCUCAAACGAAGAUGGGAAAAUUAUCAAAGAAUACGAAAGUAUAUUACGAACAAAUAAUGAUAACUUAAAUAGGUCUCAUGAACUAGAAGUUGAAAACAAUUCGAAAUUUUCUCAAAUCGAAACGUUGGAAAAGGACAUUGGAGUCUUGAAGGGAAAUUUAAUAGCCCAGGGUGAAACAUUUUCAAAUCUAAAGGACGCAUUUGUCAAGACUGAGAAUAUACAAGAUGAGAUCGAGAAAGAAGAAAGAAUAAGCAAAUCAAGGGAUACCGAGAAGAAAUACAUGGAACAAGAAAUCAAAAGAGCUGUCGAUGCUCUAAGCGAAAAUGAGGAGGAGGUACGUAAACUCGGUGACAAAAAGAGAGAAUUAGAGAAUGAGUUGAAACUGAAAUUCAAAAAUUCAGAAAUCUCUAAAAAAGAACUGAAUGAGAAAAUUGACGUUUUGAGGAAGGAAAUAAAUUUUGAGAAUGAUCUCAAUAAAGAAUUACUGGGCCAAUUAUCGAAGACGAUGGACAACUUGGAAAAUUUAACUAUUCCACGAGUUCGUACUCAAAAUGGCAACACCAAAAAAAAAUCCAAGACAAAAAACCAGGCAAUAUAUAAAUAA